AUGAAAGUCAUCGUUAGCAAACCUACGAAGGAAGAGGCCGAAAAGAGCGGCGUAUUCUCCGUUUUCAAGCAAGAUGGCAACAAUCGCCACACACCUUUCUAUUGUCGCUGGACGGCUGAAGAAGAUAAGCUGCUUUUUGAAGCAGUGGAAAUGUACGGACCUCACAAAUGGUCAUUGAUCGCUCGCCACGUUCCUGGACGUACACCUGUUCAAUGCUCCACCCGUUGGCUCGGUGCUCUCAAUCCUCAUGUACACAAGGGACGAUGGUCCAAGGAAGAAGACGCCGCUUUGACGACGGCGGUUCACAAAUACUUGAGCAAACCCAACGCAACGCCGGAUUCGUUGCCAUGGAGUCGCGUGGCUCAAUGCAUUCCCAACCGUACCGGUAUUCAGUGUCAAGCUCGAUGGACCGAAGCGUUGGAUCCUACUGUACGUAAAGGCCGAUGGCGAAAGGAAGAGGAUGAGAUGCUGCGGGCCGGCGUCGCAAGAUUUGGAUGUUGUUGGAUCCGAGUGGCUGGAUCGAUUCACGGACGAACACAACGUCAGUGUCGUACUCGAUGGAAUCAAAUCCGG